GUCUGUUGGACAUCCCAUUGAACAAGCUGUUCCUUUGACAACAGCAGUCGGUUUCCAGGCAACACAACAACAACAACCUGGCGAGCAUGGCGGAGAGCAAGCAGAGUGCAGAAGUCACAGUGUCGGAUGUCCACAAGACGAUCAGAGCAGCGUUUGAAGCAUUUGACUAUGAGUCUAACAACACGGUGGAUGUCAGAGAGAUUGGCACCAUCAUAUAUUCCCUGGGUUGCUUUCCCACUCAAGCAGACCUACACGACUUAAUAGCUGAGGUUGAAGAGGACCACACAGGAUUCAUCCAACUGGACAGUUUCCUCCCAGUCAUGAGUAAAGUGCUGCUGGAGCACAAGUUCCCUCCAAUCCCUGAGGACCUCCUGCUUCAGGCCUUUGAGGUUCUGGACAAAGAAAAGAAAGGAUACCUAGAGCCUGAGGAGCUGAUGAAAUACAUGACACAGGAAGGUGAGCUCUUCACUCAGGAGGAGAUGGAUGAGAUGCUGACAGCACUCGCUGACCAUGAGAAGAAUGUUGUCUUUUACAAAGACCUAAUCAGCCAGCUGACCAUUGACCCGGACAUGUAGACAAUGUCAGUGUGUCUACAAACAUGUUGAAAAAUAUUACUAUGUUGUGUUAAUGCCUGUUGAUAUUAUGUUGUGCUAGUAGUUCUGAUAUGGUAUAAUAAACAAAUGUACAUAUGAUAAUCCUCACUUUGUGUUUCCAGAAUUGUUGAAUUCAGAUAAAUUACAAUUUGCUACAAAUUGCGAAUUUCUGGGGGGGAGAAAUAAUUCUUUGCAUGAAAGUUUGUAGAUUAUAUUCAUGAUCACUGUCAUGAUCCUUGUUUUGUGUCUGUUUCCUGUUUUAUUUUGAAAUCGUUUCCCUCUGUUUUGUCAUCUGUAGUAUUACUUCCUGUCUUUUGGUUUUCUUUGUGUCUGAUUGUUUCAUUGUUGUCACCUGUGGCCCUCCUGUUUCUUCCUCCCCUCCCCAGCUGUGGCUUGUGUUGUGAUUAGUGUCUUUGUAUUUAGUCCUGCUUUCCCUUUUGUUCUUUGUCAGUUCGUUAUCAUCCUUAAUGUGUCAAGUCCGGUGUUUUUUAUGUCCUGGAUUUCCCAAACUUUGUAUUUUUGUAAAACAGCUUUUUGGAAUAAAGCUCGCCUUUGUUUUUACCUGUACCUGCCUCCC